AAUUUAAUACACGCGGUAUAACGUAAAUAUUAUCAGCACUCGCCGCCUCGCGCGCCUAAUAAAUCGGUGCAUUCUGCCCAUGCGCCCUUGAAUUGAACGAGCGACUCGUGCGUACGUAAAGUUUGCGGUUCAAAUUUUGAUCGAGGUUCUACAAUCGUAGUAAGAUAAAAGGAUUUUAUUAUUAGGACUGCACCGGAAUACUAGAGUUGCUGUUCAAGAAGUAUUUACGACGAUUUAAAUCGCACAAUUAUCGAGAAACAGGUUGUACUGCGUUCCUAUUCACGUGUCUGUUCGACCAGAAUGAGUGUACUCCCUCUUCUCCAUCCUUUCGUUUCAUCGAUACUCGAUUAAUCACAAAGCAGAGUGAUUCAAGCAAAUACAACUUUUACGCUUUCGUUAGUUUGUCUUGCGCUUGUAUCAGCGAGAAUGCUAGACAUGGAAUUGAUAGCGCAAGGCGCGGAGGCGCGUCUCUACAAGGGGAUUUACUUAGGAAUGAUGAGCCUAAUGAAGGAGAGAUUUGUGAAAAAUUAUCGGCAUCCGGAGCUGGAUGCGCGCCUCACGAAAGAUCGCAUCAAGGCUGAAGCUCGUGCUAUUAUUCGCGCGAGGUCCGCAGGAAUAGCGACACCGGCCUUAUAUCUGGUAGAUUUGGAGCGGCGCAGCAUCUACAUGGAGUACGUAGAAAACGCUACUGUGCUAAAGGAUUUUAUAGAUCAAAACAUCUCGGGAAAGGCGGAUGUGGAGCACUUGUUGGACUACAUAGGACGCGGAUUGGGCACGAUAAUAGCUAGGCUGCACUCCAAACACAUCAUCCACGGCGAUCUGACCACAUCAAACAUACUGCUCAAGAACUGUACGAUCGAGUCACCCUGUAAUGAUCAAUCCGAAAUCGAGGCACAGUUCAUAAUGAUAGACUUCGGACUGGCCCGGGUGGAUUCCACGCUGGAGGACAAAGCGGUCGACCUGUACGUUCUCGAGCGGUCGCUGCUCAGCGCGCAUUCUGAAGUCCCGACAUUGUUCUCCAAAAUUUUCGACCACUAUCAACGACAUUAUAAGAACAGGAAUCAGUGCGAGCAAGUGCUCUCUAAAUACAGACAGGUGCAAGCGCGGGGACGUAAGCGCUUAAUGGUCGGUUAG